UUUGAGUUUAUGAUUUUAAGGAUAACAAAGUACCUAACAAAACAAUAAAUAUAUUAGCAGCUUCUUUUUUUGAUAAGAUAAAAUAUAAAAAAUAGAAAAGUGUUAGUUUUAACAGUUUUAACCUUUUAGAAGCUAAAAUGGCAUUGUUUUGGCUUUUUCUUACUCUGCUACUAGCAUCCACCAAAUCAACACCAAUAGAACUGAAAGCAGUCGAGUACCGCUUACCCGAAGGUGCCGUUGAAGUAAUCCAUUAUGAUAUUGCUCUAAAUCUUAGAAGUGAUGUUUUUGAUACUAAUACGUUUAGUGGAAUAACUUAUAUUCUAUUUAAAAAUUUAAAAAACACAAACGAAAUUCGUUUACACGCCAAUGGUUUAAAUAUAUCUGAAGUAUUGUUAGCAGGAGUCGAUGCAAAACAAAUAGAUCUUGAAAAUAAAGAUUUUGUCAGUGACUCCACUAGUGAUAUUCUUACACUUGUAACGAGUACCACUUUGGAGGCUGCAGUAGAAUAUCACCUUAAAUUUACAUUUGAAGCAAAAUUACGUACUAAUGAAAUGUAUGGUCUUUACAAAAGCUCUUACAAGACAUCCGACGGUACGACUGCUUAUUUAGCAACGACGCAAUUCCAACCAACUCAUGCUCGGAAAGCUUUCCCAUGCUUUGAUGAACCAAUAUAUAAAGCACAGUUUGAUAUUAAAAUUACACAUCCCAGUAUUUACAAUGCUGUUGGAAAUACUAGGAGUAGUACAAGCACUAAGGACGCUGAGUAUAGCACGACUAAUUUUGCUACCACCCCGGUCAUGUCUACAUAUUUGAUUGCUUUCGUCGUUUCGAAUUUUACGUGUUCUGGUAGUACUCCAAUUGAAAAAGCCAUUCCACACCUUGUUUGUUCAAGAGACGAGGCUGCAUCUACUAGAGAACUGGCUGAAGAUGUUGGGCCAAAAUUAAUGUGGGCGAUGGAAAAUUUCACUGGAAUUGCGUACAACGCGUCCAAAAUUACUAAAGUGCACCAGUUUGCAAUCCCUGAUUUUGCGGCAGGUGCCAUGGAAAAUUGGGGACUAGUCACUUAUAGAGAGACUGCACUUUUAUGGGACCCUGAGGAGUCCUCAAAUCGGUACAAACAAAGAGUUGAAACCGUAAUUGCACACGAGUUGUCCCAUUUUUGGUUCGGUGAUUUAGUGACGACGCAUUGGUGGUCAGAUACUUUCCUUAAUGAGGGUUUUGCAACGUAUUUUGAGUAUUUUGCAACAGCUGAAGUUGAAAAUAACUGGGAACUAGACAAACAAUUCGUAAUUGAACAACUCCAACCUGUUUUAGCAAGCGAUGCGUCACAAUCCUCAACUCCUUUAUCAUCUUCUGUGUCGUCACAAGCUCAGAUUCAAGGCCGGUUUAAUGCAAUUUCGUACAAUAAAGGUGGUAGCAUUUUCAGGAUGGUGCGGCAUAUAAUGGGCGAAGAAAAUUUCAAAGCCGGUAUUCAUGCCUACUUGGAGAAAAACAAGUUUGGUUCAACUACACCGACCGAUCUCUGGGAUGCUUUAACCCCUUUUGCCAGAUCGGUACUUCCUCUUAACAAAACUUUAUCUAUUGUUAUGGAUAAAUGGGUAAACAAUCCCGGAUAUCCAGUCUUGAACGUUCGAACUAAUUACUCAAGUCUUGUGCUUACACAGAAAAGAUUUGUGGCUUCUGGACAACCCGAAAAAGAUGAGAUUUGGUACAUCCCGUUGAGUUAUACAACAGCAUCAGAUACAAAUAAAUUCCAAAGUACAUCAGUAAAGCUUUGGUACUUGCCACUCGGCACCUUGAAUCUUUUAUAUACACCGAAAAAUAUAAGUGAUUGGAUAAUUUUUAAUAAUCAACAAACAGGUUAUUACAGAGUUGAUUACGAUGACAUUCUCUGGAAACGAAUUGAAGUAGCUUUGAAUAAGCCUGGCUUUGAUGGCAUCCAUGAAAUAAAUCGAGCACAAUUAAUCGACGAUUUGUUCAAUUUUGCAAGAUAUGGAAUUCAUAGUUAUACCAAAUUAUUUGAUUUUUACCGAUUUUUAAAAAAAGACACUUCCUACUAUCCAUGGUAUUCCGCUAUUACUGCUUUUUCAAAUAUGUUGGCGAGGACAGGAAAUGAAAGAAUUCGAACUACUCUUUCGGAUUUUAUUUUAGAACUAAUUGAAUUUUUUUACAAUACACAUCCUUUUAAUAGUCAAAAAAAUGAAAAUCAGGUCUAUACACACAGUAGGGUUUUGGCCUCGACUUGGGCUUGCAGAUUAGGACUCCAAGACUGUGUUAAUAAUGCUUUGGCUGCGUUUAGUAAUUACAAAACUGCACAAAAAAGACCUGAUAAAAAUUUGAGGUCUGUGAUUUAUUGCAACGGUUUACGACAUAGUAAUGAUAUUACAAAUGACUGGGAAGUCCUCUGGAAAGAAUACUUGAGUACGAGCAUAGCAACAGAACAAAUAACAAUUUUGUCGGCUCUCGGAUGUGCUAAAGACUCAACGGUACUUACAAACUAUUUGGAAAAAUCUAUUGACAGUACUUCAGGCAUUAGACAACAAGAUGCUCUUUCCGUCUUCUCCUCAGUGUACACAGGCAACCCUGAAGGUGUCGACAUAGCAUUUGAUUUUCUACUUAAAAAUUACAACAAAAUUUCUGAAUAUUAUGGAAGUAUGAACGCGCUUAGUUCACUAUUCUCAGGUUUAGCUAGCAGAUUUACACGCAAAGACCAAACUGACAAGUUACAAAAUUUCCUUGACACUGCGACUGACUUGACGGAAACUUUGCAAAAUUCUGCACGUGCGGCUCUUGCCAAUGCUUUAAUAAAUCUAGAAUGGACCGAGAAAUUUGAAAAAGAAUUGACUCUUUAUUUUAAACUUGAAGAAGAAGAAACAACGUCUUCUACAACGAGUACACCUCCGAUAAGUGAUGAGGAUAAUAAUUCGGGAGAGGGUCUAACGAAAGGAUUUGCAACAAUUACGGCAACGAUUUGUGUUCUUAUACAAAAAUUCUCACCAUCCAAAAGUUACAAAAACUCUCAGAUGGAGUUUUUAAAGUGGUUUGGUUUUUCGAUUUUGUUAACAUACGUUCAAUCUGUCCCGAUUGAUCAGAAAGAGACAGUCGAGUACCGUUUACCAGAAGGCGUUGUUGGAGUGACACAAUAUGAUCUUGAACUGUUCCUCGGGAGUGACAGUUUUCAGACCAAUAUAUUCAGUGGGACGGUAAAUAUCCAAUUAAACAUUUUGCAGAGUACCAAAGAAAUAAAAUUACAUGCAAAUGGGAUAAAUGUCAGCUCAGUGGUACUUACAAACUUUGAAAACUCUAUAGACUUAGAAAAUGAAAGUUUUGAAAGUGAUGAGGUGACAGAAUUUCUCACAAUUAGAACAAAGGAAAAUCUUAGCAUUAGUCAAUAUUCUCUCCAAAUUACAUACGAGGGAAAGUUAAGAACCGAUGAAAUGUACGGCUUUUACAAAAGCUCGUAUGUAACUCCUGAUGGUACUACAGCUUUCUUAGGUACUACUCAAUUUCAACCAACAUCUGCUCGAAAAGCGUUCCCUUGCUUUGACGAGCCGAGUUAUAAAGCUGAAUUUAAAAUCAAAAUAAAACAUCCUUCCAGCUACACAGCUGUUAGCAAUACUGCCGGUGCUUCAGAACCUGAUGAAACAGACAACGCUUACACAAUUACAACUUUUGAGAAAACUCCUAAAAUGUCCACCUAUUUGGUAGCUUUUGUGGUUUCUAAUUUUACCUGUGAUGAAGGGGUUAUUGAUGAUAUAACUAAACAUUAUGUGUGCUCAAGAGCCGAGUCUGCGUCAACUCGAGAAGUUGCAGCCGAAGCGGGACCAAAGUUAGUAAAAAUUAUGGAAGAAUGGACUGGGAUCAAGUAUAGUGACUCCGGAAUUACAAAAAUGCAUCAGUUUGCUAUUCCUGACUUUUCGGCUGGUGCUAUGGAAAACUGGGGACUUCUCACAUACAGAGAAACAGGGUUGUUGUGGGACAAAGACGAAUCUUCCAACUCAUAUUUACAAAGCAUAAAAAAUGUCAUUGCCCAUGAAAUAACUCAUAUGUGGUUUGGAAAUCUUGUUACGACACAUUGGUGGUCGGACACUUUUUUAAAUGAGGGCUUUGCGAGAUAUUUUCAAUACCAUGGAACAGCAAAAAUUGAGCCUAAUUGGGAGCUUGACAAACAAUUUGUAGUAGCACAAGUCCAAACCGUUUUAGCUAGUGACUCUUCACCAACAUCUCAUGCUGUUUCUUGGCAGGUCUCUUCACCGGCAGAAGUGUCAAGCCGAUUCAAUUCAAUUUCAUACAAUAAAGGUGGUAGUAUUUUGCGUAUGAUAUCUCAUUUUAUGGGCCCUGAUAACUUCCAAAUCGGAGUUCAGAAAUAUUUAAGCGAUAACAAGUUUGGUAAUACUAAACCAGAAGAUUUAUGGACAGCUUUACAAACAACAGUUAAAAAUUUGCCGACCGAUACUACACUGGCUAAGGUUAUAGAAAACUGGAUUAUUAAACCCGGAUAUCCCGUGCUAGAAGUGACGUCUAAUGAUCUCAGUGUUACAAUAUCACAAAAAAGAUUUUUAACUUCUGGUGAACCAAAUAGAGAUGAUAAGUGGUACGUCCCGAUCAGUUACACGACUUCAAAAGAUACCAACAAAUUUAAUGACACUUCGACUAAAGAAUGGUUACUUCCAACUGAUAAUUUGGUUCUAACUGACGUGCUGUCAGAAGCAAAUGAUUGGAUAAUUCUAAACAAUCAACAAACAGGUUAUUACAGAAUCGAUUACGAUAAAACUCUCUGGACUAAAAUUGAAGCCGCCCUAAAUUCAGACCGUUUUAAUGGCAUUCAUGAAUUAAACCGAGCACAAAUAAUCGAUGAUUAUUACAAUUUUGCAAAAAUUGGUAUUCAUUCUUAUGCCGAGCUUUUUGAACUAUUCAAAUUUUUAAAAAAUGAUACCUCUUACUAUCCAUGGUACUCGGCAUUUAGUGCCUUCUCCAGUAUGUUUGCAAGAACAACAAAUGAGAAAAUCCGGGAAAGUUUAUCAGACUACGUCUUGGAUAUAAUGAAAACUCUUUACAGUUCAGUACCAUUCAAUGAGCCAAAAGAUGACGAUCAAAUAUACUCGCUCAAGCGGGCCUUAGCGGCUAAUUGGGCUUGUAAAUUGGAAUUGAAAGAUUGCGUAUAUAAUGCUGUUGCAGCUUUCGAAUAUUAUAAAAAUUCAAAAAAGAGACCGGAUAAAAACUUGAAAUCUGUUAUUUAUUGCAACGGUUUAAGGCACAGUAAUGAUUCUGAAAAUGAUUGGAAUCACAUCUGGAAUGAUUUUAAGACGACUAGAUUAGCAACAGAACAAGCCACAAUUUUAUCGGCUCUCGGAUGUGCUAAGGAUCAAAGUGUACUUAAUAAAUAUCUUGGUUAUUCAAUUAAUCCUAAUUCAGGAAUUAGGCAACAAGACGCGCUUUCGGUGUUUUCUUCAGUGUAUACAAGCAAUCCUGAAGGAGUAGACAUCGCUUUCGAUUUUUUGCUCACACAUUACAAGGAAAUAUCUGAGUAUUAUGGUAGUAUGAACUCGCUAAGUUCACUCUUUAGUGGUUUGGCCAACAGAUUUACGCGAAAAGAUCAAACUGACAAGUUGAGCGCUUUCCUCGAGACUGCCACCGAUUUGUCUGACAGCUUGAAGGCUUCAGCAAGUGCCGCCCUCACUAAUGCUUUGGCUAAUUUAGAAUGGACGGAAAAAUUUGAAGAAGAAUUGUUAAAAUAUUUUAAAAUUGAAACCACGACUUCGUCGACUUCCACAGGAAACACGACUUCGUCGAUUUCCACAGGAAACACGACUUCGUCGACUUCCACAGAAGCCACGGCCUCGUCGACUUCCACAGAAGCCACGACCUCGUCGACUUCCACAGAAGCCACGACUUCGUCGACUUCCACAAAAGCCACGACUUCGUCGACUACCACAACAGCCAUGGCUUCGUCGACUACCAAGGAAACUACAGCUUUGCCAAAAACGACAGCAGAUGAUAACAAUUCGGGAACGUCUCUAACGACAGGAAUUUUGAUCCUAAUCACCACAAUAUUUUGGUUGCGAUAUAUUUUUUAAUUAACUUAUUAAUUAUUUAAGAGUAUGAUUCAACUGCAGCCAGAAAAAUCUUUAAUAAAUAAACAUUUAAUUUUGUA